AGUUAGCCAGUAAAACGGCUAACCCCUCCAAGCUAAGAGCUUUUAACGGUCUUCGUUAUCCAAAACUAUCUCCCUCUUCAUCAUCUUCUUCUUCUUCAUCCCUUUUCUCUGCAAUUUCAAUUCUCAAUCAACCUUCCUAAAACCCUUCAAAAACCCUAAUUGUCUGACCCCAAAUUCCCCCAAUUUCUGAUGCAAAUUCACUUCAACCCACCAUGCUAAAAACUCUCACCUUCACCCUUUCUCUCUCCUCUAAACCAAACCCAUAUCUCAAUUUCCCUCAAAACCCAUUAUCCAUCCCCCAUAACAUCCCCUUUUUCUCAAAACCCUACUCCGUCUCCUCCAAUUUCAAGCUCAAAGCCAAACCCAAAGACCUAAUUCUGGGCAACCCAUCAGUCACAGUCGAAAAGGGUAAGUACAGUUAUGAUGUUGAGACCUUAAUUAACAAAUUAAGUAGUCUCCCACCUAGAGGUUCAAUUGCUAGAUGUCUUGAAGCAUUUAAAAAUAAGCUUUCUCUUAAUGAUUUUGCUUUGGUUUUUAAGGAAUUUGCUCAGAGGGGGGAUUGGCAAAGGUCGGUAAGAUUGUUUAAAUAUAUGCAGCGCCAAGUUUGGUGCAAACCUAAUGAACAUAUAUAUACUAUUAUCAUUGGGGUGUUGGGUAGAGAAGGGUUGCUUGAGAAAGCCCACGAGGUGUUUGAUGAUAUGCCUGUUCAUAAUGUGCCUCGUAGCGUGUUCUCUUACACUGCUUUGAUUAAUGCUUAUGGUAGGAAUGGUCGGUAUGAGACCGCCCUUGAGUUGUUGAAUAGGAUGAAGAAAGAGAGGGUGGCUCCUAAUAUAUUGACUUAUAAUACUGUGAUUAAUUCUUGUGCUAGAGGUGGGUUGGAUUGGGAGGAGUUGUUGGGGUUGUUUGCUGAAAUGAGGCAUGAAGGGAUUCAGCCUGAUAUCGUGACUUAUAACACGUUGCUUAGCGCUUGUGCUAAUAGAGGGCUAGGGGAUGAGGCUGAGAUGGUGUUUAGGACUAUGAAUGAAAGUGGGGUUUUGCCUGAUAUAACGACUUAUAGCUAUGUUGUUGAGACGUUUAGCAAGUUGGGUGAGCUUGGAAAGGUCUCUGAUCUCUUGAAAGAUAUGGAAUUGAGUGGUAACAUGCCUGAUAUAUCGUCUUAUAACGUGUUAUUAGAAGCUUAUGCAAAGAAAGGAUCCAUUAAAGAGGCAAUGGGGGUGUUUAGGCAAAUGCAGGAAGCGGGUUGCAUGGCGAAUGCUAAUACUUAUAGUAUUUUGUUGAACUUGUAUGGUGGUCAAGGGCGGUAUGAUGAUGUUCGCGACCUUUUCCUUGAGAUGAAAGUAAGCAAUACUGAUCCAGAUGCUGCAACUUACAAUAUUCUUAUACAGGUUUUUGGUGAAGGUGGUUACUUUAAGGAAGUGGUGACUUUAUUCCAUGAUAUGGUAGAGGAGAAUGUCGAGCCAAAUAUGGAGACCUAUGAAGGUUUGGUAUUUGCUUGUGGCAAAGGAGGGUUGUAUCAUGAUGCACAAGAGAUCUUAUUACAUAUGAAGGAAAAAGGCUUGGUGCCAAGUUCUAAGGCCUACACUGGGGUUAUUGAGGCUUAUGGACAAGCUGGAUUGUAUGAAGAAGCUCUUGUUGCGUUUAACACAAUGAAUGAGGUGGGAAGUAGACCCACAGUGGAAACCUAUAACUCUUUGAUUCAUUCAUAUGCAAGGGGUGGCCUUUAUAAGGAGGUUGGAGCAAUUUUAAACAGGAUGACUGAGUCUGGAAUAGCAAGGAACAGGGCUUCAUUUAAUGGUGUUAUUGAAGGUUUUAGACAGGGAGGUCAGUAUGAGGACGCUAUUAAUGCUUAUGUUGAGAUGGAAAAUGCAAGAUGUGAUCCAGAUGAGCAGACACUUGAGGCAGUCUUGAGUGUUUAUUACUUUGCCGGGCUUGUUGAAGAGGCGGAGGAGCAGUUUCAAGAAAUUAAAGCUUUGGGAAUACUACCGAGCGUGAUGUGUUACUGCAUGAUGCUUGCUGUCUAUGCAAAAACUGACAGGUUGAACAAUGCCUAUGAAUUGCUGAAUGAAAUGCUGAACCAUAAGACUUCCAAUAUUCAUCAAGUAAUUGCUCAGAUGAUCAAGGGAGAUUUUGAUGAUGACUCCAACUGGCAGAUGGUAGAAUACGUAUUUGACAAAAUUAAUUCUGAAGGCUGUGGCUUUGGUAUACGAUUCUAUAAUACCCUUUUAGAAGCACUAUGGUGGCUUGGCCAGGAGGCACGUGCAGCCAGAGUGCUCAAAGAAGCAACGAAAAGGGGACUUUUUCCCGAAUUGUUCCGCACCAACAAGCUGGUCUGGUCUCUUGACUUACAUAGGAUGUGGCCUGGAAGCAUAUGCGCUGCAAUAUCAGUUUGGCUCAAUGAUAUGUUAAAGAUGUUCAAGGAUGGGACAGGUCUUCCGCAACUAGCAACUCUUGUUGUAGUAAGGGGAGAGAUGGAGAAGAGCUCUAUGGUAGAAAAUGUUCCUGUUGCAAAGGUGGCUUAUGCUUUUCUAAAGGAUAAUUUGCAGUCAUCGCCAUUUAGUUUCCCUGGUUGGAACAAGGGUCGUAUCGUGAGCCAAUCAACCCAGCUAAAGCGGCUAUUGUCUGAAAUAAAGCAAACUUCUGGCGAAUCUGAAACAGGUGAAGUGAUUACACUCAGCAAUACCCCUUUGCCUGUUGCUUUAUCAAGGACAUCUAUGAGCAAUGGUAAGAGAGAGAAACAUAGAAAUGCUAAUACAGAUACUACUAUCUCCAGAAAACAGAAAGAGCUUAUUCCUAGUACAGUUUAACAAGGAAAAUACUCCAUUUUAACUGUCCACUUCUCAAGUUCGAGUUCUGCUGAAAUGACAGUCGAAUCAGGCUUUCCACAAUUGUGUUGUUGGGGUUCAACUCAAAUUUUGGUUGGCAGAAAACAGCCAAAUGUUGUACACUCCAAUGCGCGUAACCUGGUUUUUCAGCACAGUUCAGACAUGAAACCCAUGGAGCAAGUAGAAUUCUUCGAGAGUGAAGGUUGCUUGCUUUCUCUUACCUCCAAUUGUAGUCUUUGUACAUGAUUUCCUGUAAAAGAAAUUUUGGGAAGAAGGUGGUAGUGUAGUUUGUUAGGGAACAGAGCUAAGAACAGCUGGUUUGUAUUCAAAGAACUGGUGUUCUGCUUGUAUACCCUUGUGAGUUGUGAAGAUCCCACUAUUAUGAAUGGAAAAGGAGUAAAAUUAGAAUCA